AUGCUUUUUCAGGGUAAGUUCAAACGGCGCGGCAACCUGAUUCAGGGACGGCACGGCGACCCACCCCAAGCCACGCGGGGCAUUGGGUACCUGCUUGCUGAGAAACACAGGAAAACAGGAGGCUGCCAUUUCCCGCUAACACCCGGAUCCAGCCCCGACCGUUACCACGCGCCCCGCACCUCCCCGCGGGAGCCACCGUGGAGGGGCGGGCUUUGGCCUUGGCCCCGCCCCCUGGCCCGGCGCUGCUCGUCCGAUUGGCGAGGCUGCGAGCGCCGCCCUCUGGCGCCCAAUCAGCGCUUUGCGUCCGUUGCUAGGUUUAAACUGAUUGUGGAAAAUCCGGGAAAACCUGUUGCAUCUGGACUUAAAGUUACAGCUAUUGUGGAAUAUUAUCCUGACAGUGAGGAGGAUCUUCAUGAUAGACUACUUCUUUUGAUAGAAGAAGACAUAGUUGAUAUCCCCCUACUUGGAUUAAUUCCAUGCUGUUAUCUGGAAAUUGAGCCUGAGAUUAAUUUUGGUACAGUGAUUGUAAACAGUAAAAUAAUUAAUAAAGAGAUUAGCAUUACUAACCAUGGAUCAUCUCCAGGUACUUUUAAACUAUUAUAUGAUGGGGUUGUCCUAGUUAACAUAGAACCUACCAGUGGAGUGGUAGAGCCGAAAACUGUAAAGAUGAUUGAAGUGGGUAUCUGUACAGAUGUGCCAAGAAUCAUCAACGAAGUGAUAAAAGUGGAGCUAGAAGGACAUGACUGCACAGAGAUACGGAUCAAAGCUGUUGUGGUUGAACAAGUUCUUAAAGUUCUAGGAGCGCCUCAUGGAAAUGAAGUGAAAUGCAUUCAUUUUGGAUCUGUUUAUUUUGGGUCUUCAAAGACUGAACAAGUAUUUCUGUACAAUAAAAGUCCAGAGUGUAUGGACUGGGUAGCAAUACUGGAGGACAAUGCUGCUGGAGGAGAAAUGGGUACAGAUCUUCAGAAGGCUACAGAUGCAUUUUUAGGAGACUUAAACUUCACGAGUAAUGCAAGAGAUGUAGAUGUUUCCACCUUGAUAUUGUGCAUUCCCAAUCAAGGAACCUUGCUACCUUAUCAGAGAUCUACAAUUACGUUGUGCUUUAGUCCAGCGAAAUUUAAAAGGGUCAUUGGACUGCAUGAUGUGUCAGCAAAACAAGAUUAUGUCCUGUUUCUAAGAUUUGAGGCUGUUGGGAGUAAAGGUGGCUUUCUGCAGACCCCCAGUGAUGAUGACACACCACUCAGAAUGAAUCAUCCUCCUCACAUGGAGUUAGCUCUGACUGGUUCUGGGCUUCCUGUCAUGUUAACUUUCAAUCCAGGACCAGUUAUUAAUUUUAUGGACUGCUUCUUGGACGAACAAGUUGAAGUUCUUUGCGAACUCAGGAAUGAAUCUGAGUCACUUCCAGUAACUUUCAGCUUCCGAAAGACUGCCCACUUUCAUAUUUCUCCUAAAAAAGGAAAAAUUGAAAAACAGUCUACAAAGAUAUUUUCAUUUUCCCCAAAUCAAAUAGGAGUAUUUAAAAAGAAACAAGUUGUUGAUAUCAUUGGUUUAGGACGAGAGGAAAAUAAUUCCCAGAUCUUGAAGACAAAAUCCUUUCACCAAAUACUUUUGAGAUUCAUUGGUGUGUGCAAAUCUAAAUCAAAAAACAUUCCAUUCAAAAUUAAUCCUGGCAUAACACCAAUGAUUUCCAAUCCAGCUGGACAGUUUGUUCCUGAUGACACAGGACAGUGCACUGAUAUUGCACCUGUGGCAAUACUUAAAUCAACCCAAACACAAAUUCAUACUCACCAGAUAAACAGGAAUUGUAAGAAUGAUGUGCUUAUACCUCUUCUUAAUGACCACUCAGCCAGCAUUGUACCUUUUGAACGGCAUAAAAAGUACAGGACUAUUUUCACAAAGACUGAGAGCUAUAAUUAUGUAGAUCCACAAUUUUCUUAUACUGACUUUGAACAGCUGGAAAAAGAAGCACAUAAAGAGUGUUAUACAGAUUACAUUUAUAGAUUUAGACAACGCCGCUUACAGAAGGAUGCCUCUCGGGAAUUUGAUGCUUAUAAUGAUUCUAUAAACAUAGGCCUUAAACCAGCAGAUGGGCUGAUUUCACCAAAGAUCUCAAUCACAGAUAUUCACAAGGAGAAGCUACAUCUCAGAAUGCUUCCAUUAGAUGAAGAUUGCCUGUUAACUAGUCGAAAGUUGGAAGCAAUUGGUUCUAAAUCCUCAAGUGAAGAAAUUUGGAAUGGGCUGAAUGCCGUGCCAAUUUCUGCCCAAGAGAAGGAAGAUUGUAGCCUAACUUUGACACCAAAACAGCUUCAUCAGAUACACAUUGGUCCUUCUACUAUAAACUUUGGUGAUGUUUGUGUGCAGUCAAUAUCGGUCAGAAGAUUGCAUAUCAUCAAUAACUUGUUGGUUCAUAUAUGGGUACAAAUUGAGAUUGAGCCUGAUGAGUUGCAGCAGACGAGUCCAUUGUCUCAGGUGGUGCCUCCUCUUUCCAAGGCUUAUAUUCCAGUAGUAUUUGAGACCAACACACUUGGGAUUUUUCAAAAGUCUUUCACAUACACAAUAAAUAAUGGGAACACUGGGCAUGUGCUGGUAAUAGCAAAAGCAGUGUCUGUUGAGCUUGAGCUGUCUGCAAAGGAGUUGAUUAUAAAUCCUAUUCCUGGCUAUCUGGCAGAGACAGAAUUUCGAAGAACUGUCAGAGUAUGCAAUCGCAGAAACUAUUCUGCUGAGUUUUCUUGGAAACCUAUAAUUACUGAUAAAAAUACUUCAUUUUCGAUACGGCCAUCUAAAGGUUUCGUGGAACCAUAUAGAGAUCUGGAGUGUGAAGUUGUUUGGCAUCCGGCGUUCCACUGUCCAGACACGGGAGAAUUCAACUUGUGUGUGCACCAGGGAAAUACAAUCAAAUUGAAAUGUUUGGCAAAG